AUGUCUUCAAAUCCACAGGACAGGAUGGCUGCAACUGCUGCUGUCAGCCCCAGUGAAUACCUGCAGCCUGCUGCCUCUGCCAGCCAGGACUCCCAACCCUCUCCCCUCGCCCUCCUCGCAGCCACGUGUAGCAAGAUUGGUCCUCCAGCCGUGGAAGAAGCUGUGACUCCUCCUGCCCCUCCUCAACCGACGCCGCGCAAACUGGUCCCCAUCAAACCCGCUCCUCUCCCUCUGGGCUCCGGCAAGAACAGCAUCAGGAUCCUCUCAUCCAAAGGGAACCUCUUCCAGAUCCAAGGCUCCCAGGUGGGCACCUCCUACCCUGGGGGACAACUGGUGUUUGCCAUCCAGAACCCAACAGUCAUCAACAAGGGCUCUCGCUCCCCCUCCAACAUCCAGUACCAGGCGGUGUCGCAGCCACAGACCAUCCAGGUGCAGCCCAACCUCUCCAACCAGAUCCAGAUCAUCCCAGGCACCAACCAAGCCAUCCUCACCCCUUCCUCUUCCUCUCACAAGCCUGUGCCCAUCAAACCAGCCCCGGCACAGAAGGGAGGAACAUCACCAUCUCAAGGCACCGGCAACGUGGUCAAGUUACCCGGCGGCGGCAACGUGACGUUGACCUUACCUGUCAACAACCUGGUGGGCACAGCUGAGCAGGGGGGACAGGCCCAGCUGCUCACAGACAGCCCCUCCAAACCCAGCAAAAAGCCUCGGAAGAAACCCAUGUCUCCUGCCCAAUCUGCUGCCGUGGCCAUGGCUGAGCAGGUGGAGACAGUGUUGAUCGAGACCACAGCGGAGAACAUCAUCCAGGCUGGGAACAACCUGCUGAUCGUGCAGAGCCCAGGCACGGGGCAGUCAGCUGUGGUACAGCAGGUGCAGGUGGUGCAGCCCAAGCAGGAGUCCCAGGUGGUGCAGAUCCCUCAGCAAGCUCUGCGUGUGGUCCAGGCUGCCUCUGCCACGCUGCCCACCGUCCCGCAGAAAUCAUCCCAGAAUUUCCAGAUCCAGACAGCAGAUCCCACGCCUACACAGGUCUACUUCAAGACUCCGUCGGGCGAGCUGCAGACCGUGCUGCUCCAGGAGGCCUCAGCCAUGCCCGUGGCUCCAUCAGGGACAUCCUGCAGCAGCCCAGUGUCCCGCAGCCCUGGCCCAGGGGGUGGCAGUGGCAGCAGGAAACCUCCUCCACGCAAGGAACGCCCACUGCCCAAGAUUGCCCCGGCUGGGGGCAUCCUGAGCCUCAACACGGCACAGCUGGCAGCUGCAGCCCAGGCCAUGCAGACCAUCAACAUCAACGGUGUGCAGGUCCAGGGGGUGCCCAUCACCAUCACCAACACUGCAGGUCAGCAGCAGCUGACGGUGCAGAACGUGGCUGGCAACAACGUGACCAUCAGUGGGCUGAGCCCCACCCAGAUCCAGCUGCAGAUGGAGCAGGCACUGGCUGGGGACAUGCAGCCCGGGGAGAAGAGGAGGAGGAUGGCCUGUACCUGCCCCAACUGCAAGGAUGGGGAGAAGAGGCCGGGGGAUCCAGGGAAGAAGAAGCACAUCUGCCACAUCCCGGAGUGUGGUAGAACCUUCCGGAAGACGUCCCUGCUCCGCGCCCACGUGCGGCUGCACACGGGGGAGAGACCCUUCGUCUGCAACUGGGUCUUCUGCGGGAAGCGUUUCACCCGCUCCGACGAGCUGCAGCGGCACGCGCGGACACACACAGGUGACAAGCGAUUCGAGUGUGCCCAGUGCCAGAAACGCUUCAUGCGCUCAGACCACCUCACCAAGCACUAUAAAACCCACCUGGUCACCAAGAACUUGUAG